AUGCUCGCAUUUUGUGGAGAUAGCUUGCGGAGGUGCAGCCGCCUCACAGGAACGAUCGUGGGGAGGGACGGGUUGCUUCAUUGGAAUGCCCGAACCGUGUGCUAUUGGUCUAGUGCAGUACCGGAUGACAUUCGACGGCUAUGCCGAAUUGGUGCGCGAGAUAAUGCAAGAGAACAUCCAUGA